GGGCAUUUUUGUAAAUGCGCUGCACAUCCUAUUAUUCCGAAUACACUUUAGCAGUCUCGCACUCUCGCACUCGGAACGUCUAUGAACACACUCGCAGAGCAAAACCGGCUGUUCUCUUUGCUAUACCAAAUGAAUUUCGACUUCCUUAGUGUCACGACUCUCUUCUAUCAGUGAAGACGAAGUGAGAAAUUGGAAUCUGCCUUUUAACCGAACGAAACUCAAUUUAGUUAACGGUGUACUGUUCACUGGAGGAUCUUCCAAGAAGGGACCGUACAUUGAGAUUGUCAAGGGAAUUUUCCAGUUUGCAAGUUUGGUUUGCGUUGAGUGCAAAAACAAUUCAUCCGAGCCAUACAUGGUUGGAGAUUGGUUUAGAUGGGGUCUUUAAUCAAAUCGUCAUGGACACCAAGAAACUAAGUAGAAUUCAGACUGAUUCCGAUGAUUCGAUCACCGUUUACUCCAAAACGUCGCCUGUCCGCUCGUCUUCUCCUGCGCCGCCUAAGAACGUCACCGACUUGGAUUGUUUGAUGGAAUCGGUUACUCCGUUCGUGCAAGCUCAGCAACUAUCUGAGGUGUGUCUGAGCUCCCUGUAGUAGCGGCAUUUCUUAUGAUGCAUCUACCAUGAUUAAUUUGCUUCACAGAUUAGCCCAGAUGGUAAGCAAUUUUCCAUUACUUCUCCUGAUUGUAGGUUCGAGUGUUUUGGUUUAGAACUGGUAAUUUAAGGCAUGUCUACGAUGAAUCUCUUGAGGUGGCACAAAGAAGUGAUGUAUCUUUGUACCAACUGGAUGCUAUUGAUUUUGGACAAAGAAUGGCCAUAGAAAGAGAGUUUGAGAAAACUGAAAAGAUUGCAAAUAUGCAUACCAACAAGGUAGCUCGGAUUCUUGGCAAGGUCGAGAGCAAUGAUAGAUUUUUAAAAAUUGCUUUGUAUUGAGGUGAUAGAAGCAAUAAAAAAAUAAAAAAACUCCCUGUAGCAGCAAAUGCUAAUGAAAGCAAGGAGCCUCUGAUGGACAUCACGCUCCUCUGCUGUGCUUUCAAGAAACAUAGGAUCUAUUUGUUCAGUCGAAGAGAGGCUUAAGUACCUGAAGAUCCAAGUAAAGGAAGAGACCUGUUCAAUGAAAAGCCUCCUCCUGAUGAACUUUUGGCUGUAUUAGACAUUGGAAAGGCUGUCACAACAUCUCUCCCAGAUAGUGUGGUGUGUAAAUAUUUAUUUAUUCCAGUUUUGCACUUCCAUUUUUCUCCUUACUGUGCAUAAGAGAAGUAUUGAUCAUCAUCAUUAUUAUCAUCAAUACCUUAAUCCUAAUUGCUUAGGGGGUCAAUUUCCUGAUAAGGUGCCAAUUCAUUGUCUUGGACAAUCUCAGUCUUCAUUCUUCUCAGUAUAAUAUUUUUUCUUAAUACUGCACAAUGAAAAAGUUUUAUGAUAGACGCCCUUCAUUUGUUAUUAUCAUAGGGGUUUUUUGGCAUGCAUAGUUGUGUGAGAAAUACCAUGAGACUGUGAUGCUUUGAGAUAGUUGUUGUGGAUAUCUCUCAUUACCAAAGUGAUAUUGUAAAACCAACAUGCACAUCAUGGAACGUGACUAAAAGAGAAGUAUGAUAUUGAGCUAAAAGUGAACUCAAUAAAUGGAACUUAUUUGUAUCUUAGUGGGGUAUCUUUAACUGCAUUCCUUAUCUGUUAUUUGAAGAAUUAAUGGCUAACUACAUACAAGCUAGCUUACCCGCACAUAGCUCAACCAUUAUGAAAAGCCAAGUAUUAUCUGCAGUGGGAAGAAAUGCAGAGAUUUGUUUAGUCAAGUGUAUCAGAUUUCUCUGACCAACUUUUUGUUAUAGUGAUUUGGCCUCCUUUUGCAUUUCUGUAUUCAUUCAAAUAUGUUGAUAGAUCUAUUCAUCUUCUAGAUAGUCAUAUUUGAAGUCUGAUUAACAAAGUGUGCUGUUCGGGAUUAAAAACACUAAUGACUAUUACGCUUAACAUGAAUCUAUAAUGAAUUAAAAUAUACUAAUAGUUGGUUUUUUCUAACUUCUUGAGGAUUGGUGGGGCUUAUAAGGAUCAGAGUUGAGAAUAUUAGAAGCAAACAACUUAAUGGGCAAAUUUUAUCCAUAGGGUAUCUAUCUAUACUUAAUAAAUCCACUCAUCAUCAUCAUCAGUUGGAGAUGUCAGGCAAAGAUGAUUGUGAUUCCAGCACGCACAAAUAUUCCAUGGGCAGAGAGGAUGCCUCUGGCAAGAACCUUAAGCACAGAACAGAAAGAGAUAGAGAAGAACGCUACUCUCUCCAACACCGAAAGCAAAGUAGGCGUAGUAGUAGCCGGAAGUCCUCUCGCCAUGACUGUUCAUCUGUUGAAGGCUCAAUGCACAUGGAAGUACUUCACCAUGUACACAGGUAAUCAUCAUCAUAUCAAUAUGAUGAUAGGUGGUCUUCUAGCAGGACGAGGUCACCGGUUGAUUAGGAAACACUGUAAAUUUACCAUUGCAGUUUGUGAAAUACUCUGUAGAGGAUAUUAUUACGUUGUGGAGAGGCAAAGUAAUCUUAACUUUGGUAAGGCACUCAUAAGUCAUCAGUUAUGGGUAUAAAUUCCAGUUUAUUUACUACUCCC